CUUUAGACCGUCAACUAAAGUUGCUCGGUAAAUGUGAUAAUAGUUAUAUCUUAGUUCAAUUGUGUAGUAGUUAGAUAAAACAUUAUUUCUGGAUUUUAAAUACAUAUUUUUUUUUUUUUUUUUUUAAAUUUUAUUUUUAACAUCGAUAAAAGUGUGAAAAAAAUGUUUCGAUAUUUUUUGCCAUUAGCAUUGCUAUUGGCUGUGUCACUAGCUGAGGAUACACCAUCAAAUACAAUUAAUUAUCGUCUUGAUGGCAAUAUUGAACCAAUAAGUUAUAAAAUCACAUUGACACCGACACUUAAUGGAGGUUUUGGAUACACGGGAAUAUCUAUUAUAAUUGUUAAAGUAAAGAAUGCAACAAAAAUUAUUACUAUGCAUUCAAAAGAUCUUGUAUAUCCUCUAGAUCUCCCUAUAGUGGAAAAUAAUAAAAAUUCUAAUAAAACAUACAAAGUUAAAUCACUUGAAUUAGAUUUAGAGAAAGAAGAAGAAAAGAAAACAGAUUUUUUAAAAUUGAAUUUUGAAGAAGAUAUUCCUGCAAAUGAGGAAAUAAAAAUUACUUUUAAUUAUAAUGGAGUAUUAAAUGAUGAAUUACGUGGAUUUUAUAGAAGUUCGUACAUUAAUGAAGAUGGAAAAAAAAGGUGGUUAGCUACAACACACUUUGAACCAACCAGUGCACGUCGAGCUUUUCCAUGCUUUGAUGAACCCGCUUUAAAAGCUAAAUUUCAAAUAAAUAUAGAUUUAAGUGAAAUUGAAAAGUAUAAUACUGAUUAUCAUGCUAUUUCUAAUACGCGUGGAACAAAAAGUGGAAAUAUUUAUACUUUUGAAGAGACACGAAAAAUGUCGUCAUAUUUGGUAGCAUUUGUCAUUUCUGAUUUUAAACAUAUAGACAGUAGUUAUAAAUCAGUUGACUAUAAAGUUUAUACUCAACCAGCUUUAUUGAAAUAUGCAAAUUAUCCAUUGGAAACAGGCAAAAAAAUUAUAGAAGAAAUGACAAAUUAUGUUAAUACUGGAUAUGAAAUGAAAAAAAUGGAUCAAAUUGGAAUUCCUGAUUUUUCAGCUGGAGCAAUGGAAAAUUGGGGUCUUGUAACAUACAGACAACAUUUCUUGACUUUAAAUGAGAAUGCACUUACCGCUGAGAAAAAACAAGCUGUCGCUAGUAUAAUUGCACAUGAAUUUGCUCAUCAAUGGUUUGGAAAUCAUGUUGGUCCAGCAUGGUGGAAAUUUAUAUGGUUAAACGAAGGAUUUGCCACAUUCUUUCAACAUCACAUGCCUGGCCCAAUUCAAACAGAAUUUAAAAUGCCCGAUCAAUUUGUUGUUAAAAAUCUUCAAGAUUCAGCAUUUGCCUUUGAUGUAACGGAAAAAUCACAGCCAAUGAAUGUUCAAGUUGAAAGUCCAAAACAGAUUGCUGAGGUUUUUAAUACAAUUGCUUAUGACAAAUCCGCCUCUGUUAUUCGAAUGAUGAAACAUUUCUUAAGCGAAACUGUAUUUGUUAAUGGAUUAACACAAUAUCUUAAAACUUACAAAGACAGUAAUGCAGAUUCUGACAAACUGUUUGCAAAAUUAGGUGAAAUUUGGGGAAAAGAUUUGAAAAAAAUUAUGGAUACAUGGGUGACACAAUCUGGAUAUCCAAUAAUUACUGUCACAAGAAAUUAUGAUAAAAAAACAGCAGAAAUUAAACAACAACGAUUCUUUAUAAAAAAACAAAAAGAAGAAAGUAAAGAAAAAUAUAUGAUUCCAAUUAAUUUUGCAUCAGAAGGACAAGAAUUUAACGAUACAAAAGCAACUCAUUGGCUUGAAUCUGACAAAUUAGAUAUUACUGAUUUAAAUGUAGAAGCAAAAAAAUGGGUUAUUUUUAAUAAGCAACAAACUGGCUACUAUCGUGUUAAUUAUGAUAAAACAAAUUGGAAUCUUAUUAUUAAAUAUCUAUCAUCAAAAGAGGAGGAUAUGAAAAAAAUUCACUAUUUGAAUCGAGCACAACUUGUCGAUGAUGCUUGGACUUUAGCUAAAGCUGGUCUUUUAGAAUACAAUAUUGCUUUUGAUUUGUCAUCUUAUUUGAGUUUAGAAACUGAUUAUUUUGCAUGGGUUUCGGCAUUGCGACACUUAAGCAAUAUGAGAAAUCAAUUUUUGCACACUGAACAUUACGAAAAUUUUAAAAAAUUCGCAUUGAAAAUUUCUGAAAAAUUAAUAAAAGACGUAGGAGUUGAAGAGAUUUCACAAGAUGAGCAUAUAACAAAAUUAAAAAGAGGUUUAGCUCUAAAAUGGGCUUGCAGUUUGGGACAUGAAAAUUGUACAAAAUUAAAGGAUAAAUUUGACGCUUGGAUUAAAGAACCACCUACUGCUAUUCCUGAAAAUUUAAAAGCUCUUAUAUUGUGUGAGGGUUUAAAAACAGCAAAUCAAACAGUUUGGGAUUCAGUUUAUAAGAGAUAUCAAGCAAAAAAAAUAACUGAGGACAAUUUGGAAAAAAAUGCGAUUUUAACAUCUCUAGGUUGUUCUAGAGAUGAAAUGAUUUUAUUUAACUUUUUAAACAAAACUAUCAAUGAUGAAAAUGAACAUCAAUUUCUUUCGAAGGUAAUUCAAUCUGUAUACGGUAUCAACGAAAUUGGAUUGAAUGUUUCUCUAAAAUUCAUUUCUCAUAAUGUGGCACACAUUUUGAAAAUUGACAAAGGCAAAGACGGAAACUUAUUGAAAUACAUAAAUGACAUUGGCAAGAGAAUUACAAGGAAUGAAGAAUUGAAAUUAUUGGAGAACUUCAUCGAAAGUGAAACACUUGAUAGAACUAAAUUAAAAAUUGGAAUUGAUUCGGCUAAAGAAAAUAUUGAAUGGCUAAAAGAACACAAAGAUACCAUUGGAAAUAUUCUGGUUAAAAAAAAUAGCAGCGGUAGUGCGUCUUCUUUGAAGUUUGCAACAAUUUUCUGUUUAAUUCCAGUUGUUAUCGCCUUAUUAAUUUAGAUUAAUAAUUAAAAUCUAUUUUUACAUUGUAUUUUAAUACAAAUAAUUUGAACACUAUACAUACUUAAAAUUUAUUUAAUAGUAUUAUAAUCUUUUUAAUUAUCAGUCGCAUUUAUACAUUGUCAUUAAUUUGUAUAUUCUAGAUAAAGAAGUAUUUUUUACUAUACAUGUUGAUUAUAAUUUAAAAAAAAAAUUGACAAAUUUUACUAAAAUAUUUUUACGAUUCAAGAAAAUAGUUUCAAAAAAAAAAGUUGUGAAAAAAUGUACACUACGAAUUUUAAAAAUACUUCAGUAAAAUCUAAUUGUGAAUAACUUUCAAUUCGAAAAUUUGUUUGUAAUCAUAUACAUGUUAAAUUGUAAAAUAUUUCAAUUGUAAAUAUCAAUAUAUUUUCUUGCAAGAUAUUUUUCAAUAAAAAUAAAAAAUCUA